CGAGAGGUCUGUUCGGUUUAGCUACCGACUUUAGUUGGUCUAAUUGUUAACACAGCACGACGUGUCGCCUCGACGAAAAGACUUCAGAUCCGGCUAGCUAGCUCGGCACUAGCACCGAUGCUAACGCCCCUGGAGGAUUGUGGACGACUGUGGGGGCGCCUUCACCAUGGGGGCCAUCGGAGGAGGGAUAUUCCAGGCAGUCAAAGGCUUCAGAAAUGCACCUGCAGGAAUGAGCCACAGAAUGAAAGGGAGCAUGACUGCCAUCAAGACCAGAGCCCCCCAGCUGGGAGGUAGCUUUGCAGUAUGGGGAGGCCUGUUCUCCAUGAUUGACUGUGGUUUAGUUAAAGUGCGAGGGAAGGAGGAUCCCUGGAACUCAAUCACAAGUGGGGCCAUGACUGGAGCUAUCCUAGCAGCAAGAAAUGGACCAGUAGCCAUGGUGGGCUCUGCAGCCAUGGGUGGCAUUCUGCUGGCAUUAAUAGAAGGUGCUGGAAUCUUGCUUACUAGGUUUGCCUCUUCACAGUUCCCAACCGGACCCCAAUUUGCAGAGGAACCUGCCCCUGCUCCCAUGCCCACUCCCUCUUUCGGAGACUACAGACAAUAUCAGUGAUGAGGACACCACUCUCAUCCAUUAGGCCUUUUUAAUUCCUUGCUGAAGUUAAAAGAAGAAAUGGAGAUGGAAAAUACCACACAACAACCAGUUGAACCAACUUUAUGAACUGUGUCAGAGAAAGGAGCGACAAAAUGCAUCUUUAUUUUCCUUCUUUCAGGAGCCAUGUACAGAUUUGCCUUUUGCCAUCCUCAGCCUUGUAAUUUGCAUGUUUCAUCUGACAUGGGUUAAAUAUAGGUAUUUGGGGAGAGGGGGGGUGUUAUCUGCUGGCAUGUGGGGUGUGUUAUUCUAUUGUAUUCAUAAAUGUAGCACAUGUAGCCCUGCCAGUGGGAGCUCGGGACAGGCAGGCUCUGGAUAGUGUUGAAUCUAGUGUGAAGUCACGUCACAAAUGGACCUCAGUGAGUUGCUCAGUUUCUAUUGUAUGUAUAUACAGUAAAAAAAAACUUUCCAUGUUGCUUAGUUGCCUUAAUGAUGUCACCUGCUUGGGCUGGCCAGUUAUACUUGGCUAGCCUUUUAUGAAGGCAAACAUUCAUUAAAUUCAAUACUGUCCCUGGUGUGUUUUUUUUUUUUUUUUAAACAGUGAUUUAUUUAUUUUUAGUUGUAAAGAGUUGUAUCGGAUCGUUUUGUCAUAUGGGACAAUGCUUUUACAUUUGACACCAAGAUAUGGGAUGUUGCCAAAGGCAAAGGAUGGCAUUGGCAGUACAAAUAUAUGGACAAACUCAAGCAAGGGGUUGAUAUAUAUUAAAUCUGUAUGACAGAUUGAACUAUGGAACAAUAAAAAAUGUAAAAUAUG